AUGGAUGGAGGCGGAGAUCCCGAGAGGCAGCAGGCCCUUGAGCAGUACAAGAACAAAUUGUUGGAGUCACGAGAAUGGGAGGCUAAACUGAAGGCACUGCGGAUGGACAUCAAGGGUCUCCAGAGAGAAUUCGAAACAACCGAAGAGAACAUCAAAGCAUUACAGAGUGUCGGGCAGAUCAUUGGCGAAGUGCUAAAACAGCUGGACGAAGAAAGAUUCAUCGUCAAGGCUUCCUCUGGUCCCAGAUAUGUGGUUGGCUGCCGGUCUAAAGUCGACAAGGCCAAAUUGAAACAAGGCACACGAGUGGCGCUGGACAUGACAACCCUCACAAUCAUGCGAAUGCUUCCGAGAGAGGUCGAUCCUCUCGUCUAUAAUAUGUCGUUGGAAGAUCCGGGACAAGUGUCCUUUGCCGGAAUUGGUGGUCUCAAUGAACAAAUCCGGGAGCUGAGAGAGGUUAUUGAACUCCCUCUGAAGAACCCAGAGCUGUUCGUACGUGUCGGCAUCAAGCCCCCCAAAGGUGUCUUAUUAUAUGGGCCCCCGGGAACUGGCAAAACGUUAUUGGCCAGGGCUGUUGCGAGCAGUCUCGACACCAAUUUCCUCAAAGUUGUUUCCUCCGCAAUCGUCGACAAAUACAUCGGUGAAUCCGCCAGGUUGAUUCGGGAAAUGUUUGGGUAUGCGAAGGAACACGAGCCUUGUAUCAUCUUCAUGGAUGAAAUUGACGCCAUUGGAGGGCGACGAUUCAGUGAAGGCACAUCGGCCGACCGAGAGAUUCAAAGAACUCUCAUGGAGCUCUUGAAUCAAUUAGAUGGCUUCGACUACCUGGGAAAGACCAAAAUCAUCAUGGCAACCAACAGACCAGACACACUAGACCCGGCACUGUUGCGGGCCGGUCGGUUGGACCGAAAAAUCGAAAUCCCACUCCCGAAUGAAGUGGGCAGAUUGGAGAUCUUGAAGAUUCACGCAGCAGGUGUGGUGACGGAAGGCAAUAUCGAUUUCGAGAGCGUGGUGAAGAUGAGUGAUGGUCUCAAUGGCGCCGAUUUGCGAAAUGUGGUUACCGAAGCUGGCCUGUUCGCCAUCAAAGAUUACCGGGAUGCGGUCAAUCAGGAUGACUUCAACAAGGCGGUGCGAAAGGUGGCGGAGUCGAAGAAGUUGGAGGGCAAGCUGGAAUAUCAAAAACUGUAA